CUAAGCCAAUUCCAUGGCAGACAUGUGCGAGCACUGAGGAUUGAUUUUGACUCCCGUGAAUUAACAAGUAAAUCGGCGACCAGCAGGUGGACAAGAUGGCUCAGCAGUUGAACAGUGACGAGGGCAAGACUUUAAUAAUUCUACCCCAACAAGUUGCUGGCGAAGGGAAAAGUUCAAUGAUAUCAACGUCGUUUAAUUUUAUCAAUUCCAUCAUAGGAUCUGGAAUAAUAGGUUUACCAUAUGCAUUGAACCAGGCAGGCCUUCCCCUUGGCCUUUUGCUUUUGAUAGUUGUAGCUUGCAUCACAGACUACUCAAUCAUCUUAUUGAUUAAAGGAGGCAAUAUAUCGGGGACAAACAGUUAUCAGUCACUGGUUCAUAGCACUUUUGGGUUCCCUGGAUACUUAAUUCUGUCUGGACUGCAGUUCCUUUACCCUUUCAUUGCCAUGAUUAGUUACAACAUCACUACUGGUGACACGCUGACCAAAGUAUUUCAGAGAAUACCAGGAGUUGGCCCUGACCACAUCCUUGCAGAGCGUCACUUUGUGAUCUUGGUGUCGACCAUUCUCUUUACACUGCCUCUCUCACUUUAUCGCAACAUAGGACGGCUUGGGAAGGUGUCCUUCCUGUCAAUGGUGUUGACCCUUGUCAUCCUCAUCGUUGUAAUCAUCAGAGCAGCCACCUUUGGACCUCAAGUGGUCCCUACAGAAAAUGCAUGGGCAUUUGCAAAGUGGAAUGCAAUUCAGGCAGUUGGUGUAAUGUCUUUUGCCUUUAUAUGCCACCACAACAGCUUUCUGAUGUAUGGCUCUCUGGAGCAGCCAACUCUGACAAGCUGGUCUCGCGUCACCCAUGUGUCUGUUGGCUCUGCCUUCAUAGUCAGCGCUGCUUUUGCUGUGGCUGGCUAUACCACCUUCACUGGCUACACACAAGGAGAUAUCUUUGAGAACUACUGCAGAAAUGAUAACCUGGCAACAUUUGGUCGCUUCUGUUUCGGCCUCAGUAUAAUAACCACUUUUCCACUGGAAUGUUUUGUGACGCGAGAGGUGGUGUCCAAUAUUAUUUGCAGUAGAGAUCUUUCAAAAGCUGAGCAUGUGGGCAUAACUCUGCUCAUAGUCUCAGUGUGCACAGCAAUAUCCUUGGCAUAUGACUGUCUUGGGGUUGUUUUGGAGCUGAAUGGUGUGCUGAGCGCCACGCCCCUUAUCUUCAUCAUUCCAUCAGCAUGCUUCCUCAAGCUCUCCUCUGGCCGCUGGUUCCAGGGUGAAAACCUGAUACCUACCAUCCUCAUCGUGAUUGGGUUGUUUGUCAUGGUAACCGGUCUGACCAUGACUGGCCUCUACCCACAAGACUGCUCACAUGGCAUGGAGAUGUUUUACUGUGCGGAUGCCAAUGUCUCCAGCACUGCACCUCCUGUGUAACAAGACAGCUGGUUUUGAAGAUCAGCUCUGAACAGUAUUGUUCUUGCAUGUUUUCACAUGGUGCUUGU